AUGCCUAUGCUCCGUAUAAGGCCAGGCCCAGAUCCAGAUCCCUGGAAUAGAGACGGCCCUCAAUGUGCCAAUUGCCAUAGCUACGUCUGGAAGCAGCCACAAGUCCCGAUAUUCCAGUCCCCAGCACGGAGCCAAUGGGCAAAACCCCAUAAAAACGCCUAUCUCUGUGAUAAUUGCUACUGGGACCUCGACGGAAACGUGGAGGGAAUCCCGUGCAUGAGGUUUCUACCAUGCCUAUGCGGAAGGCGUGAUAAUCUAGCCAUCCUGCUCGCCAGCAAGAGGUUCUGGAACGAUGCUGCACCGGUCUUCUGGUCGGAAAACUGGUUUGCAUUUGAGGACCCCUCUCUCCUAACGGGAUUCUUGACUGCUAUUCGUCCACAAGUGAGAUCGUGGCUAAGGCGGAUAUCGUUUAUGCCUAUUCAUGCUUACAACAACGAUGAAAGCCCUAGGACAUUUCCGCGGUAUCGAGAUCCAAUCUGGAAUGGGUGGGAUGAUAUGAAGAGCUGCUGGAAUUUACUGAGACUGUGCGAGGGGCUGACAGAGCUGGAGCUUGAUGUACUGUCUCUGACGCGCAAGGAAUGGGCUCAGGCCAUUCGGCUAAUCCAUGUCAAGAAACGAGUUGUCUUUUUCUGUCUUUUGGACCUAGAUGACAUUACGUCUGUGUCUGGAUAUUCAAGGAACUUAAUAUGGGAGUCGCAUGCUAUGAGGAAACGGUUCGAUUCGCCCACGACUGCUUUGCUUAUUUCUAGUAUGAUUGGUGAAAGGGCCAUCAGAAGGAAAGCCUUGAUAACUCAUUACUCCGAGAGUACGCUACAUGAAAGAUGUGGUGAUUAUGGGGUGGAGUUUACCGAGAAGAUGAUCGAGGGCCGAAUGUGGAAUUCAUGA